CUCGCUCGAUCGCGAUAUUAAUUCUCGCUCAAUCGACCAAUUGCGAUGGACGUCGCGGAUAGAGGAUGAUAGGGAAUUGUGAGGGCACGUGCUAGAGGGCGCGAGAGGAGGAUUUUGUUGCGAUCGCGCGCGACGUACGCAGGAAUUCCGGUAAGAGACCACGCGAAUUUAUUUUUUUGCUCAGGGGACGUACGGAGAGAGUCAUCCACGCGAGAAGCGAGCAAUCGCGGGAUCCUGGCGCAAUGUGGCCCACACCACGCCGUGUUCCACGCUAGAUCCGGUUAUCUCGUCAGCGAGUGCUCGACGAACAGCGUCGACCGGCAGGCUCGCGCGCGAGACUGCCUGUGCCAGCGUGCCCAUUGGCGUGUAGUCCUACGAAUCCUGGUGGACGUCGGUGGACGUCGGUGAAUGGUGUGGACGUGCUCCACGUCUGUUGGAGUCUGUGAUGGCGGCGUUGUUGAAGGAUAGAACACAAAUUACAUUCGAGGACAAAUGGCCGUUAAUGCGUCCGAUCAUAUUGAAACUGCUCAAGCAGGAGUCAGUGACGCACAAGGAAUGGCAGGAAUUAUUUUACUCUGUUCAUGUAUGCCUGUGGGAUGACAAAGGGCCUCCAAAGUUACAUGAUGCCUUGCAAGAUGAUAUAAUGGAUUUUAUACAACAAGCUCAACAGAGAGUUUUAGCGCAUCAAGAAGAACAGGCACUGUUGAAAGCGUAUAUUGCUGAGUGGAGGAAGUUUUUUACUCAAUGUAACUAUUUACCAACACCGUUUAGGCAACUAGAAACGUAUCUCGCAGGAAAAACUAGCUCUGGCGCGCAGAAGAAGAAUCAGCCUGAUGACAUUGUUAGAAAGCUAAUGUUGGACAGUUGGAAUCAAAGUAUAUUCAAUGAAAUAAAACAAAGGCUCCAGGAUGCAGCUAUGAGAUUAGUGCGAGCUGAAAGAAACGGCGAGGCGUUUGAUUCUCAACUUGUUAUCGGCGUUAGAGAAUCUUAUGUGAAUUUAUGUUCAAAUCCUACGGAUAAACUUCAAAUAUACAGAGAAAAUUUUGAGGCGGCGUAUAUACAAGCUACUGAAGCGUUUUAUUGGGUAAAAUCACCAGAAUAUCUGGCUAAGCAUGGUGUAGAAAAUUAUAUGCGUUACGCUGAUGCAAAGUUAAGAGAAGAGGAGGCGCGCGCUCAGAAAUACUUGGAGCCGAAUACCGCGAGUAUGCAACGAUUAACGGACUGUUGUGUAAAAGUGUUAGUUGCAUCUUUUCAAACAGCAAUACUCGCAGAGUGUCCACAAAUGAUUCAACAUAAUCAAACAGAUAAACUUCGUCUCAUGCUGAAGUUAAUGGAUAGAGUGGCGCCCGACGGCGUCACUCCUAUGUUGAGAAAUUUGGAAGAACAUAUCGCGAGCGCAGGUCUAGCGGAUAUGAUGGAAGCUGUGGAUGUUAUUACUCAAGAUUCCGAGAAAUACGUGGAAAGACUGUUAGAUCUUUUCCAUAGAUUUUCCACGCUCGUUAAAGAUGCGUUCGAUGAUGAUCCGCGAUUUCUUACAGCACGAGAUAAAGCUUAUAAGCUCGUUGUAAAUGACGCUACGGUAUUUAAAUUAGAAUUGCCUACUCGGCAGGGCUCUGGAAUCGGUGGCGCGUCUGUUUUAAAUAAUAGACCUAUUACUAAUAACAAUGGACUAGCCGAAUCAAAGUGUCCGGAACUCUUAGCGAAUUUCUGUGAUAUGCUUCUUAGAAAAACACCACUCAGUAAGAAACUAACUACUGAUGAAAUCGAAAGUAAAUUGAAGGAUGUGCUGUUGGUGUUAAAAUACGUUCAAAAUAAGGAUGUAUUUAUGCGUUAUCAUAAGGCGCAUUUAACUAGACGGUUAAUAUUAGAUACAACAACAGAUUCAGAGAAAGAAGAGAAUAUGGUAGAUAUGCUUCGUGAAGUCGGUAUGCCCGCGGACUUCGUUAAUAAAUUAGCCCGUAUGUUCCAAGAUAUUAAAGUAUCUCAGGACUUGAAUCAACAAUUUAAAGAACAAUGUCGAGCUGCUAUUGCAGAUAGCAUAAAUAUUAAGAUUCUCAACGCAGGUGCAUGGGCCAGGGGUAGCGAACGUGUCACUGUGAGUUUGCCGCUUCAAUUGGAAGAUUAUAUUCCGGAGGUUGAAGAAUUUUAUAAAAAAAAGCAUAGUGGACGGAAGUUGCAAUGGCAUCAUCAUAUGUCAAACGGCACGAUAACGUUUGCAAAUAAAGUGGGACGCUUUGAUAUAGAUGUAACAACUUUCCAAAUGGCGGUGUUGUUCGCCUGGAAUCAACGACCCAACGAAAAGAUCUCGUAUGAGAAUCUCCGGUUGGCCACCGAGCUUCCGGAUCCCGAGUUAAGACGGACUCUGUGGUCUUUGUGUGCCUUUCCGAAGUUAAAACGACAACUUCUUUUGGUAGAACCGCAUGCUGCUACUCCGAAAGAUUUUGCGCACGAUACGAGAUUUUGGGUUAAUCAAGAAUUCGCUAUUGUAAAAAAUGGCAAGAUGCAAAAGCGAGGGAAAAUAAAUUUGAUAGGACGUCUUCAAUUAUCAACAGAACGUAGCAGAGAAGAGGAUAAUCAAUCUAUUGUACAACUUAGAAUAUUACGGGUUCAGGAAGCUAUCAUCAAGAUCUUAAAGAUGCGCAAGAAGAUAACCAACGCGCAACUACAGACCGAACUAGUGGAUAUAUUGAAAAAUAUGUUUUUGCCAAGUAAAAAAAUGAUAAAGGAACAAAUCGAAUGGCUCAUUGAACACAAAUAUAUUCGAAGACACGACGAUGAUAUUAAUACUUUUGUGUAUAUGGCAUAACACGGGAUUAUAUAUACAUGCGAGAUUGUUCGCAUUCUGUGGUUAAUAUUAUAUUUUUAUAAAAAAAAAGAUUUAGUUUUCUCAUUUGUGAGGAUAUGUUUGAAUCCAUCACAUUACGCGAUUAUGUUUCACUUGUUUUCUUACAGUGCAGUGAAAAGAAAAGAAGGACGAUAUACUACUGCAAUCUUGAGAUAAAAGUCGAUAGGACAAAUUGCAAUCACCUCUACCCGACAAUUGCCGACUAUUAUACGUGAAUAAAGUGAAAUGUAUAGCAAAAUUGGAAAGUGUCGUAAUAAUAAUAAGAAAGAUGUACAAUACCGUAUUACAUGAUGAAAAUAGCAUUUAUCGUUUUAUUUUGAGCAUCGAUCUAUAUUAAUCUAAUUAGAGAAGAGAAAGUGGAUUGAAUUGAAAGAAGAAUUCUGUAUGUAUAUACAUGGCAUUAAUCAUUUAUACUUAGCUAAAAAAUA